GCUAGUUGGCGUUGAGCCAGCGAUUGCCUCACGGGUCGGUUAGAACUAGGUUACGGCGCCGGGAUAGACUUCAGUACUAUAUACAUAGUUGAGAGUGAAUGGUCGUAUCACUGAAGGACUCCUCGCAGUGUAACAUCGCCACGGAUUAAUUAAUUAAUUAGCAACAUCUACAUUAACAAUCAUGAACGCGUGAAGACAAUGGCCCACGGAUUGGAGCAACUGAACGGUGACUGCACAGUUGUGGCAGUUACUAGACCGAAUCAUCGACAACAAGCAAACUCGCAAAAAAUCAAGAACCCAGAUGGACAUAUUCUCUGCAAGAUUUGCGGUGACAAAGCUUCUGGUUACCAUUACGGGGUCUUCUCGUGUGAGGGAUGUAAGGGUUUCUUCCGAAGAACGGUACGACAAAACAUGGUAUACAAACCGUGUGAGAAUCCGAACGGAUGUCUGAUAAUGCGCAUCAGCAGAAAUCGAUGUCAGUACUGCCGAAUGAAGAAAUGCAUUUCUGCAGGCAUGUCGCAUGAAGGAGUGCGGUUAGGCCGAUGUCCCAAAAAAGACAAACCAUCUAAAACAAAGUUUUUCAAGCUGCCCCAAACAUCACAUGGUUCUGUGGAUGUUGACAAGCAGAUCAAAUCCGAACAGAUGGUUUUAACCAUCCACGACGCCUUCAAGUCGGCUUUCAGGUCGUUUGAAAUAUAUUGCACACGAUUCAACUCGUGUCAGAAUAUCACAAAAGUAACAACAGAAUCCGCGGCUAAGGCUGUAUAUUCACGCUACCUGCCCGGAAUAGUGUUAUUCCAGACUGCAUUCGCGAAAGAGAUUCCCCACUUCACACAAAUGACUUUAGCUAGUCAGAGACAUCUUAUCAAGGCUAGCAUUCUUGAAACAGCUGUCAUUCAUAGUAGUUUAAACGCCGAUGUGUCUAAUGGCGAGUGGAUUGACAAUAAACUUCAAUUUGUGGUCCCUCAACACUAUGACCUAGAAAUUGGAACAUUAGGCGAGUUAUUCCAGGAUAUGUAUAAAGCCGCCAAGAAGCUUCAAAAGCUUGAGCUCAAUGACGUUGAACAUUCCCUUCUUGCUGCCAUGUUAUUAUUUUGUUCAGAUCGACCUGGUGUUGAGAAUAAGUAUACUCUGGAGAGGAUGGAACAUGAGUUGUGUCUAUCGAUGAAGUGUCAGAUGCUGUUAAGUCAUGCAGACGAUUCCCUUGUGUUCCCAAAGACAAUUGAGGUGAUGACAGACCUCAGGUCUAUCACAACAAAAUUUUUAGAUGAAAUGUUGAACGCACAAGUCGAAGUCGAAGACUCAUGAUAACACAUUGUACAUAUACUCUUGUUGGCUUGUUAUCUAUGUGUUUGUUACCAUGAUUUGUAUAUUUAUUCUAAGGCAUAUUACUGUAAUAUUUUACAAUAAAAUAUACUUGUUUUCGAUUCUUCAAAAUAUUUGCUUGGUGAUAUAUUUGUCGGCAAUAGAAAGAAUAAUUCUUAACAAGCAGAACCAUAUUAGAAGUCAUGAAUAUUAAAUGUUUAUUGAACACGACAUGUUUAUACCUUCGGAACACCAAAAAGGAUUUACGAUAAAUGUUUUGUCAAAUGGAAAUUGGUAUCUUUCAUUGCAUUUAUGUUGCCUGAUGUUUAUUUUUUUCUUUGAUAAUUUAAUUUACUUUCCAUGGACCUGUGAAGUAGCAUUCCAAUAAACUUAUAUUACAAUAUACGAUAUUACAAUUUAAACACAUACAUUACCACAAAACGCUUUUCCACUUCCACAAUCCUUGCAAGAAAAUUUGUCUAUGAAGACCAUUCGUCCUUUCCUUUAGAUGACGGCGUUUACAUGUCUUUGUAUUAGAUCACAAUUAUACUUUUCUAAACGUUCAUCAAACGGUUUAACUGACGUGUAAAGGAAUAUCAUCUGAGUCUAUUCGACUGCCGUCGACACACUUUUUCGGUAUAAGUUUCAUCAGUGGCGUACCAUUAAAGCAAUUAUUCCAUGUUGGGAUCUUUACUUUGACAUGUUGAGGAAAUGUUUUUGGUUGCAUUUUUAUUUCUUCCGCUUUGGGACAUGUUUUGGGCUCCUCUUUUUUCUACAAGUCUUAAAGAAUCCUGGUUGGGGAUGCUGAAUUAGACUUCGAAUUCUCGUGAACUUAGCUGAAUUCUGGUAAAGAAGGACUCGAUGACAUUAUAAGUUAUAUAUUAAUCGUAACUAACAUGAGUAAUUCAAGUAAGGAUUCUGAAUUUGUCCUAUAUUUGUAAGAUCCAUAUCAACCACACUGGCUUCAUGAAUUUCAAUGUUAAUAUAUUUAUUACUUUGAUAUUAUUUAAUUCUUUUCACUACAGAUAUUACAGUGGCAACUAUGUACUUUAAAUAUGAAUAUAUAUAUACAUAUACAACCAUUGGAUGGCGUCAGGCGCGCAUAUUAUGGACAUGUUUGUGGUUGUCAAGAUUUUGUUUUUUCAUGUUGUGUCAACAAAACAUUUAUUUAUUUUUUUAUUUAUUUAUUCCCCCAAACGGGAGGGGGGGUUGAUGGUUACUAUAUUCUUCUUUAUCUAGUUAAUAUGGUUGUUAAAUCUUAUUGGUCAAAACGAAGAUAUCUUCAUUAUACUAUGUUCUGUGAAAUGAAAUAUUUUAGUUUUCUUAUCGCGGAAAUUUCCACUUUUUCUUGACUUCUAAUAAGUUCAUGUUUAGAUAUUCCUCAACUUCUAUCCGGCCUUUGAACUUCACUGUGGUAUUCUUCCCAUUGAAGAAGGUGGCAGCAUAUUCUUCGAAUAAGUUAGGUAUUCCGAGUAAUUAUCAUCCUGGAAACUCAUCUACAACAUUUAUCAACAAGAUUAUUAAGUUGGUCAACGUAGAUUGGAUUAUUGCUGGUUGACAUCAAGAUAUUCCCUGAUGUCAAUGUCCAACAAAUAGCGAAAUUUUGAAUACGAUCCUAAUUAUCUCAAUAAAUCGUGUAAGGAACUUCAUAUCAAAAUACAUCGUGUUCAGCUGAAUCUAGAUCGCCAGAUUUAGAUAAGAAUACUGAUCUGUUUUAUUGCAUAUUGAACCAGAAUUGUGUGUCCUUGUCAAAUAUUACUGACCCAACUUCAAAGAUUUUGGAGGUCAAUGAUUCUUUGAAUUGAGGAAGGCAUAUUCACAUUGCUUAGAAUUAAUUUGGUUUGCGGGAAAAUUCAAAUUGUUUACGGGAAAUGCCCUUUUGAGCAGGAUUGCAAUGCAUUUACUAUUUGGAAAAAACGUCCCAUACGUAUAGACGUCUGGUCGCUUGUAAUGGAGACAUUCCAAAAUUCAGUCAAAUUUGUCAUAGUGUUUUACCUCAUUGAGAAAUCUCUGGGUUGGACCGUGCAGGUAGCUUUGGUCACCACAAGAUUUAAAACUAAACUUGUGGUGAAGCUUAUUUGACCUGUGGAUGUAGAAUAUUUGUUCUUAACAUCAUGCCUUCGAUUCAAAUAUUGUUUUAUUCUUAAACUAUGAUCUCAACUCUUAUUUUUCUAAGAUUACGCGUUUACAUAUUAAAGUCUAGUAAUCAUUGCGUGCUUUCUAAUCAACCACGGGUUAGAUGCGGUGUUCACAUCUUAUCUUUUGAUUUUAUUUAAGCAUUGAUGUCAAUUUAAUUUUUAGAUCAUUUAAGUAUGAUGAUUUUUUUCAAACUGUAUGAAUCCACGUAGCUUUGGCCGAUGGCCAUUUGUGACGUCACAUUUUUCAUGCCAUUUUCGGAUAUUUUUUCCAUUAUGUAUGAAAAAAAUCUCAACCAAUCAGAAAGCCGCAUUCUGCGUACAAACAAGGAAAAAUUAAUCAUUUACGUAUACCAGAUACAUUUUGUUUUGUGUCAUUUGAUAUCUUAUUAUUGAGAAAAUUUAUAAAGAUGCUAUUUAAGUAAAUGACUUAUGUCGAAUAGACAAUACCUCAUCAAGACUCGUGAGCUUGUGCUCUCGUGCCCACAUUACGUCAUUUCAUUUCGGGAACUCUGAUGUGAUUU